UCUGUGACAUCGAAAUCUUCCUUCAUGGCCUUUUCCCAGUACUUGGUGCGAGCUCGGUUCUUAAGUGCCUCUUCAGGUGCUCAUCAGCGUGAGUUCCGAUGGGACGUGGUCCUCAUUCACGUCCCCUCAUUGAGCCCUCUCCUCUCUUUGGCUUGUGGCCACAUUAAUUCUAGCUGCAGCGUCAAACAUAGAAGUCAUCGAUGGGGCAGUGCCGGCCGGGGCCUCAGGGCCUUGAGUGAGGAUGGUGUCCCUCUCCCGCGCCGGGAGCUGGUGGAAACCGCAGACUCAGGGAGGCCCAGGUGCCGCUUUAUCCGGCGGUAUACCAGGGAGGAAGCCGGCUGGCUGGCUGCUGUGGCCCGGGCCGUGACCCAGGGACACCGGGAAGGACCUCGGUCCCGGGGGCCCGGGAGGCCCCUAAACGCGUUUCUGAUGACCCGGAGAGAGGUCCGCGCUAGCCCUGCGCCUCCUGUGAGCACCGGCAAGCCCAGCCGUCCUCCGGGUGUGCGGACACGGGCGAAAGGGGACCAGGGACCGCAGAGCCCACGCUCGCUGGCGUCCUGGGACAAGAACAUCCUGGAAACAACCAGCGAAGCGCUUUUAAGUGUGGUCAGCAGGAGGACGUGGGCUGCUUCCGAUCAGAGCGACCAUGCUGACAGAGACACUCAGGAACCUUGCGUUACAAUCUCAAGCUCCUGGAGCAGCCGUGGCCUGCGCCCCUGUCCCCGACGGAUGCGUGUGACUGGGAAUGCCAGCGGCGCCUCCCGCCGUCUUCCCCAGUGCACCUGCCCCGCAGGGGGCCCCUGCUGUGCCACGGGACGGCCGCGCUCUGCAGAGGACGUGGCCCCGCACCUGCUUCCCGGGACUGACGUCGUCACGUCGGCCGCUGUCGCGAUGGGGGUCCCCGUCAGGGCUCCCGUGGCCGCUCAGACCGGCGCCGGGACUGCACGCUCUCCCACCUUGCCCAGAAGCUCCCUCGGCCACGGUGGCUCCGCGUCCCCGCCUCGUCCCAAGCAGCUCUGUCCGCAGGCCCGGCGUCCGCCCCUCCCCGGGGCCGUCUCCCAGCAAGGUCCGGGCGAGGCGCUCGCGCCCGCCGCCCGUUGCUUCCCGGAAGCUGAUGCGCAGGCCCCUCCGAGCCUGGGGGUCCGGGUCCAGGUGGCUUCCCGUGGGGCUCUGUGUCUGCUGCUGGAUUUCGGGGACGGCUGUGCGGUCCCGGUGAGGACCUGCGACGCGGCCGAGGGAGUGGCCGUCACUGCCUGCCACCAGUUCCGGAAAGAAGGAGUCUAUAUGCUCAAGGCCGUUACUCACAGUGAGUUCCGUGGAGCUGGAAAGGAGCUUGGCCCCUAUUAUGUGGAAAUCGGCCAUGCAACCGUGUCCGUGUCCGUGAACUCCAGCAGCAUCCACAAGGAUGGGCUUCUUGUCCUCACGGGCUCCUGCACGGAUCAGAAAGGCACUGUCGUCACACAUCAUUUUCCAGCCGGUCCCUCGUGGAACGUGUCCUUCACCUCUCAGACCCAAGCGGGCGGCGGCCAGGCCUGGGCCCCCGUGGCUGUUCGGUACCAGAUGCAGCCCGUCUCUGUCUACACUAAUGGAACCGUGUUUGCCACCGACACCGACAUCACCUUUCUGGCUGUCACCGAGGAGACCACCCCCCUGGAGUUCUUGUGGGGCUUUGGAGAAGGCCCAGCCGUGAGGACGACUUCCAGGAGCGUUAAGAAAAGGCUCCGCGUCCCCCAGUGGUACAGCGUGACGGUACAGGCUUCCAGCAGGCUGGGCAGGGUGGCCUCAGAGCCCCACCGCAUCAGGACGCAGAGGAGAAUCGUGGCCAAUCGGCUCAUGUCCCCGUCCUCAGCUCUGCUCAACGCCAGCGUGACCUUCGAGUGCAGACUCAACUUCGGCAGCGACGUGGCUUUCCUGUGGGACUUUGGGGACGGCACCGUGGGCCCCGGGGGCAGCUCCGCCAGCCACAGCUAUGGCAGGGAAGGGGAGUUUACCGUCCAGGUGCUCGCCUUCAACGACGUCAGUGCCGCCUCCCUGAGAAAGCAACUUUUCGUGGUCCGUGAGCCGUGCCAGCCGCCCCCGGUGAAGAAUAUGGGGCCACGGAAGGUGCAGGUGUGGAGAUCUCAGCCCGUGAACCUGGGCGUGACGUUCGAGUCUGCAAUCCUCUGUGACAUCUCCCAAGGCCUCUCCUACACCUGGACCUUCUGGAACUCGCAGGGGGCGCGGGUGCCUCUGCCCCCGGCUGUGAGCACUCACAGGCGGACCCUCACCGUCCCCGGCUACUUCCUGCAGCCCGGCAACUAUACUGCGCUUGCCAAGGUCCGGGUGGAGGGCAGCAUCGUGCACAGCACCUACCGCGUGGGGGUGGAGGUGCGAGCCCGGGCCCCCGUCAGCGUCAUCUCCGAGGGCACGCACCUGUUCAUCUCCAGAGCCCCCUCGUUCACCAUCCUCCUCAGGGGGUCCCAGUCCUACGACCCAGACAGUCCUGGGGCUGUUCUCAGGUAUCACUGGAAAUGCACCGCAGCCAGCACCCCCGGGCACCCCUGCUUCACCGCCUCCUCUCCACACGGCCUGGAAGCCGGGGCCCCCGCCCUUUCCUUCCCCGCGGGCUCUCUGAGCAACUGCUGUGACCAGUUCCUCAUGACACUGACGGUGUCCAGCGGCGGCCGGAACUCUUCAGAGGCACAGGUGUUCCUGUCCACUCGCCCCGACCCGGCGCUCAGAUUCGUCCACAUCUCCUGGGUCAACUUCAGAGACGUCUUCGUCAACUGGAACGAAGAACUUUGUCUGGAGGCUGAGUGCGAAGGCUGCGGCGAGGUGUCUGGGCUUUCCUACUCCUGGGACCUCUUCCUAGUCAACGCGACAGAAGGGACUGUUGUGGAAGUUCCCUUCUGCAGGACAGUGGGGCUGCUGGGCUCCGCUGCACUGGGGGCUGCUCCGAGGCCACCGACGUGCAGCCCGCCAUCCACAGAGCCGAGCUGGCCAGAGCCCCACACGACGGGAGCACUGUCCUCACGGGAGCCAUCGCCACAGACCCAGGGCCAGCCCAGCCUUUCAGCCGCGGGGAAUCCUUCCUCGGGGCCCACGAUCGGCCAGAGCCGGGUUCCCGCCACGGGUGAUGCUGCGGCACCAGGAGUGACUCCCUGGGACCAGGGCUCCCCAGGGAGUCCGCCCGCCCAGGGCCCGACUCCUUCCCCCUCUGAUUUCGAAGACUUUUACGGUGAUAUCCAAGAGGCGGGGCCGUCCAGAGGGAGACAGCCCGCUGCCUGGACCGACAGCAGCCUCCCGGGAUCGGGCCCGAGUCCCAGCGCUGACGGGGACAACCUGCUGGGCCCCUUGCCCCCCGCGGCCGCCGCCGGGCCCCCUCUCACGGCUGACUGGCCCAAGUCCCCCGUGGGCCGCACGCUCUUCCACGGCUACACCGCCUCCGGUAUCACGGGACAGACCGUGACGAUAAAGCCAUUCUCACUGAGCCCCGGGAAGACCUACGUCCUGCAGGCCUCUGUGGCUUCCAAGCACGGCCUCCUGGGACGAGCUCAGCUCUACGUGACACUCAGGCCAGCUCCACGGGACGUGGUCUGUCAGGUGCAGCCACAUCGCGGUCUCGAGGCGCACACCGUCUUCAGCAUCUUCUGCAUGUCGGGGAGACCGGACUUUCGUUACGAGUUCAGUUACCGGAUAGGAAAUGGGUCCAGACACACUUUGUACCGUGGGACGGACAGCCAGCUCUACUUUGCACUGCCCGCAGGCGAGCCCUUGGACGGCUAUAAAGUGGUGCUGUCCACCGAGAUCACAGACGGCGCGGGCUCCCGGGUGCAGCCGUGCGCCGUGGCCGUGACCGUGCUGCCCCGUCUCCACCGGGGCCUCUGCCCGGAUGAGGACAUCUAUAAUUCCAGCCUGAAGCAGCUGUCCACCCUUCAGCUGAUGCGCAGUUACACCGAAGCCAGGAACCAUAUCGCCAUGAUCACCAGGGUCCUGAGUCGCUGGGCUGCGGACGACAGCAGUCCCCCGUGUGGCCAGAGGUCCCGAAUACAGGAUGCGCUGAUUUCUUCCGCGUGUGGACUGCCUUCCGAGGAUCAGGAAGACAUGCUUGACUCCAUUCUCCUGUUCAGGGACCUUCUGCGCUUCCCUCACAAGGUAAGCUUCACAAGUGCUGCUCUCAUCCUCGAGUCGGCCCGGGAGCUCCUGGCUCCGAGCCCACUCUCGGGGAGGCCCGCGGUGGCCGAGCGGACGAUGCUUGAGCUCAUCCUGGUGGUGUCCACCGUCUGGGACGUGUCCGACCAGGAGACGCCGAGGAAUGCGGGCUUCCUUCAAGACAAGGGCAUUGAGGUCAUCUCGGGCCUCUUGUUGGACCGUCUCUCUGUCACCAGGGAGCCCGAGCUCCAUGUCCGCGCCGGGCAGAUGGAGUUCCGCACACUGCUUCGUCGGGACCGUCAGGGCGCCGUGCGGAGCCUGGGCUCUGUGCGGGUGCAUUUACCCGGAGACCUGGCGGGGGAGACGCGGAGCCCGUGCUACAUCAGCCAGCUCAUGUUCUUCAAGAAGAACCCGUAUCCGGGGGGACAAGCUCCUGGCCAGAUGGGCCCGCUCGUCGCCCUGUCCCUGUGCGCUUGCUCCAGCAGGAGACCCGUCAGCAGGCGGCGGCUGAGGGAGCCCGUGGCCGUGGAGUUCGGGGAGGAAGACGGCCUGGGUGAGACGAGACACAGGACGACGUUUGCGUUGCUUCGGGAGAAAGUGAAUUUUCAUCAGUUCUCCGGGCGUCCCGAAAGCCCCCAGGAGUCUCUGCAGAUAAGGAUAGAAUUCUCCAGGCCCGUCCCAAGAGCGUUCCGGGUCAUGGUGCUCCUAAGGUUCUCCGAGAAGCCUACUCCUUCUGAUUUUCUCGUGAAAAAGGUGUACGCCUGGGAUGAGCCCGUGGUGCACCUGUUUGUCCCAGCCAGUUCUCUGAGAGACGCGAGCUCAGGGUACCUGUCCUUACUGGACGCUGACCACGACAGAAGCCCUCGGAACCAGCACCUGGCCGAGGCCGUCAACUACACUGUGCGCCUCCAGGGGCUCCGAUGCCUCUUCUGGGAAACGGGAGCGUGGAGGUGUGCAGACGCCCCUCCGCGGCCAGGGGCUCCUCCAGACAAAGUGAGCUGCAGCUACGACCGCCUGGCCCCCAUCUCCGUCGCAAGAAGAACCCUCAGCGCCGCUUUUUCAGUGGAGGACGUUUCCACGCUGCAGAGACGCCCAGAAAACCUGCUUCCCGGUAUUUUCAUCGUGGUUUCCACAGUUCUUUAUGCACUUCUGGUUACCAAGGCCAGGCGUGUAGAUCGUCACGAGCGAGCGAGCGCCGGCUACACUUUCCUGCAGGAAGACGCCCCAGCCGACCACCCGCUCUACGCGGUUGUCGUGGACACUGGCUUCCGGGCCCCUGCCCGCUGUAGCGCCAAGGUUUACAUUGUUUUGUGCGGAGAAAACGGAGUUUCUGAACCCAGGGAGCUCUACUGUCCGGAGAAGCCCCUGUUUGAAAGGAACUCCAGACACACCUUCGUCCUGAGCACCCCGGCCCGGCUGGGCCCGCUCUGCAGGAUCCGCCUGUGGCACGACGGCCGCGGGCCCUGCCCCGCCUGGUACGUGAGCCACGUCAUGGUGCAGGAGCUGGGCGCCCGGCCCGCGCCGUGCUGGCUCUUCCCCGCCGAGUGCUGGCUGGCAGCGGACCGGGCCGACGGCCACGUGCAGCGGGAGCUGGCCUGCCUUCGCCGUGGCCCCGGCUUCUGGAAGCUCCUGUACUCCAAGUUCACCGAGUACCUGGAGGACUUCCACGUCUGGGCGUCCGUGUGCAGCCGGCCCUCGCCCAGCCGCCUCCUGCUCACCCCACGCCUCACGGUCACCUUUGCCCUGCUGUGCGCCUACGCGUGUCUCGCCGCCCUGGCCGCUGCCUCCGGGCAGGAGCAGCUCCCGUGGGCUCUCGGCGCCCCCGACGCGGCUGCUGGGUCCUUCCGGACGGGGCUCCUGUGCACCCUGCUGGCGUCUCCCUCGGCUCAGCUCUUGGCGCUGCUCCUGAGGCUCGCCCAGGAGCCCCGCGGGCCUUCUUCCCCACUGAAGCCCCUCCAGCCCCGGAGGAGGGCGCCCUCGGGGGCCGAGCAGGUUCCCACCAGCGGGCCUGGACGACCCGCAGCGCUCCAGCGGCCGAGGGCACCACCGCCUUGGUCCGGCUCCGCAGCGUGGGCCAUUUGCUGGCUGAUGUCCGCGGCCUGUGGCUUCGGGACAGCGUUUCUGGGCUACAGGUUCACCCCGACACAGUGCGCGCAGUGGCUGCAGGUGCUGACCCUGGCUGUGCUGUGCUGUGUGUUCGUCACCCAGCCACUUCUGGUCGGCCUCGUGGCCUUGGGCUUUGCCUGGAGAAGGAGAGAUGACCCGUAUUUCUUCUCCGAGUCUCUGCGUGCGGCCACCAGGGACCUGGGCUCCGAGGUGGAAGAGCGUGCAAGGUCCCCCAGACCCCGACGUGCAGGUCAGACGGAGGAGAUGGUGGCUGCCCGACAGCGAGCACGCCGCCUGCGCCGGGCACGUCCACCCUCCGCAGCCCAGCUCCGCGUCACCAGGAAGAGGAUGAGAAGGGAGAGCCGGACGUGGGUGGCCUUGAGAGACGCCUGCGUGUACACCCUCCUGCUGCUCCCGCACUGGUGUCUACUGUGUGGGAAGGGCUCCCGGGACGAAGGUGCCCUCCAUCAAGCUAUCCGGAACGAGUUUACAAGGAACGCCAGGAGCUCCCCCGGCGGCCUGACGGGCGUGGGGGCCUGGUGGGGCUGGAGUCUGACCACGCUGCUGGACGGCCUGCACGGGCGAGGCGCCCCCACAGCCGGCCUGCCGGGCGCUCAGCCCGGAGCGCUCGGCGGGACGUGCCACCUCCUGGGCACUCUGCUCAUCCAACAGCGGAGAGCUUCACCUGACAGCGAGUGCGAGCCUCCCAGCCCACUCUCUGUGCUCCCCGAAGACUCUCCUGCACGUGGGCCCCAAGGGGGAGCCCCCAGCAACCGCUCCGGGACAGAUCCAGGCAUCCAGGCUGUGGCCCUGCAUGGUCCCGGGGGCUGUGGGGCAGGGGAGCGCCGGGAGCUCAGCCUGGGCCGCACCAGGUCAGCGGCCCACGCGGCCCUGAGCAGCCUCAGGGCCAGCAGGUGGAUCGACGGCAGAACCAGAACCGUGUCCGUGCACUUCGCGCUCUAUAACCCUCCGACCCGACUCCUGUCUGGCGUGUCCCUGCGCGCCGAGCUGCUCCCUGCGGGGGGCCUGGCCCUCUCCCCGCAGGUGGAGUCCGUGGCCGUCUUCCACGGCGACGAGGCCCGGUGGUACCGCCACACGCUCCCCGAGCUGGCCUUCCUGCUGCUCAGCCUGACCGGCCUCUGCCUGCUCGUGUCCGGCUCGGCAGCGACGGGCGUCCGCAGCUACUGGUGCAGCCCGGGGCGCUGGCUGGAGCUCGCCGUGGUUGCAACCGGCCUCGCCUACUACGCCGCCUCCGGCCACCUGGUCACUCUCGCCGAGGAGGUGGCCGCCCGCUUCCAAAAGGAAGCUUUCCAGGGGUUCCUGGACCUCAGUCUUGUGGCUUCGUGGAAUCAGAGGGUGACGUGGCUGCAGGGGACCCUUUCCUUCGUCCUGACGCUGAGAUGCGUCUGCCUGGUGGGCGUCCUGACACCGGCCGCGUCCUGCUCCUUCCUGACGUGCCGCUCGCUCCCCGGCGUCUUCGCGGCAGGGCUGGCAGGCGUCCUCGCCCUGGCGAUGGCAGCCGCGUCCCGCCUGCGCGCCGCACCGCCUGGCGCCUUCGCGGCCGUCUCCCGAGGCCUGCUGUUCCGUCUUCCGGGAGGACGCCCAAGAGACCCGUUCGCCGGUCUUCCCGAGGGUGGCCUGCGGGCGCCGGCGUGGUGCUGCGCGGCUGUGCUCAUGGUCCUGAGCAGCGUGUGGCUGGCAACGCUGGGAGGUUCCCUCAUGACUCUUGCUCGAAAAAGAAAAUCUUUCCCACGCAAAUCCUGGCUGAGACUAGGAGACGUGGCCACUUGCACGGGGACGGUGCCUGGCCUGGCUGGGACUGGAGCAGCCACAGCGGGAAGAGGCUGAGACGGCCGAGGC